AUGAAGCUUCUUCAAAUCUAUCUCAGCUGGAUCUACCAGAUACAAGGUAAUAUCGUGCUCCGGAUCACCGUCCAUCUUGUCGUCGGUGGCUCUCUUGGACAGCUGCAUCGUCUUGAUGCCUUCUCGCAGGCUGCUCAAAUGCACACUGCCGGCGUUCCCAACGACAUGAUGUACAAUGCCAACCCCAUCAUCACCAUCAUUUUCAUCCCCAUCGUCGACCGUUUCCUCUUCUCCUGGCUGCGGCGUUCCGGCUUCGCCUUCACGGCCGUCACGCGCCUUGUGUGCGGUUUCGCGCUCGAGGCUCUCGCCAUGACCAUGGCUGCCAUCGUGCAGUAA